AGAUCCCUCUGGAGAUGGACAACCAGGGUCUGCUGAUGCCAAAACGACCAAUCAAACUGAGGCUGGAGGCCCGUAGAAACACCCCUAGCAACACCACCGCUACCACUCUGAAGAGUCCAACAAUGUGACCAAAUGCAGGAGCACCCUACCCUGGAGUACCUCUCUCUCUCUUCCCCCUCUCUCUCUCUCUUCCCCUCUCCCCCCCACACAAAA